GGUAGGGUCGCAUGGUUUUUCCCCCAACAGCAAGUGCUGUAUCUUUUAGUGCAAGAGAUCAGAAGAGAUGAACAUGGCAGCGUUUUGGAGUCGUCACUGCGGCGUGUAUGUGCUGUGUCAGUCAGCGAGGGCGAUGUGCACAGGCCACGGCACCGCAGCUGCCGCUGGAGCACCAGCAGACUUCCUGCAAGGCGCCUCCUACAAGAAGCACCCUGGAGUGACUGCCCUGAAGACAGUGCGCUUACCUGAAGAUUUGCAGAGAGGGGCUUUGUCUGUCAUUCAUGGGGCAGCCUUGAGGGAGCUCCCUGAACGGGCACGGAGACUCAGCAACUUCCUGUGGAGCCGAAAGAGGGCAACUGAUGAAGCGGCUCUGAGGAAGAAGGCUCUCGAUCUGGAGAAAAGGCUCCUGGAGCAGGAAGUAGAAAAGGGAGGAGACGGAGAUCGUUAUUUAACAGACAUUCGUAUUCGGAAGGAGGUUUUGUCACAACUUAAAAAAACAACCUACCACUGGACCCCUGUAAGGUAUGAUGACGAACUGAGCAUCAUUUAUCUGGCUGCACGACUGGCGGGGGGCUAUGCGGCUGUGAGGAGGGCACUGAAUGAGAUAAAAAAGCGAGAUGACUUGUUCUCCCCUUGUUCCCUCCUAGACUUUGGUUCUGGUCUAGGAACUGUCGUUUGGGCAGUACAUGCUACAUGGGGAGACACUCUGAAAGAGAGUGUGUGUGUGGACAGCUCUAAGGCCAUGAACACACUGGCUGAACGGCUGCUGAGAGGGGACAGUGAGACAAAGGACCCAUUGCUCAAACAGGUGUAUUUCCGUCAGUUCCUCCCAGUGACCCCCACGGUACAGUUUGACCUCGUGGUCAGUGCGUUUGCGCUCUCUGAGUUGGCUUCCAAGCAGGAGAGGGCGGAAACUGUACUGACUCUGUGGAGGAAGACUCAUUCCUAUAUGGUGUUGGUGGAAAAUGGGACCAAAGAAGGUCAUCAGAUUCUCAUGGAAGCAAGGGACACUGUGCUGAAGGGAGAAGACAAAGCGUAUGACCCUAGAAGUCCCUUCAUUUUUGCUCCGUGUGCACAUCAGUUUCCUUGCCCCAAGCUCGCUCAGGAACCCCAGCUACCCUGUAACUACCCUCAGGCGUACAGGCCUCUUCCACUCCCAGGGAACCCUGAACAUGAGGUUGAAUGCUUCAGCUACCUGGUGGUGGCACGCCAAGAAACCACGCGUGAAGACAAGAGCCUGCAGUGGGCCCGACUCAUCAGGCCUGUACUACGCAGGCCCCGGCAUGUCCACUGCCAUGUCUGCUGCCCCGAUGGAAAACUAAGGCACCUCGUCGUCACUGAUAAACGCAAUGGCCGGGCCAUGUACCGUUGUGCACGGAGCAGUGACUAUGGAGACCGGCUCCCACUCCUCCAGUCUGAAGAUGAAAGCCUGCCAUAGUGAAGAAUGAGGAGGGUACACUAGUGGACAAGGGAACUUGUCAGGGGAGGUAGUUUGACUUUAACUGUACUGUGUUUUCCUCCAUCUCCUCUGAAAUACAACAGCAGCUUAUGGAAAAUGACAGAAUGGAAAUGGAAAUGAAGGCUGAUGUAACUUGACUUAUUUGAAAUGCAAGGUUUAGUUACCAUCUGAUCAACUCUGCAGCUACUUUUUUUGCAGGGUGAAUAAUGUAAAUAUAAAUGUUGGACCUUUUUGGACUCCCACUCACACCCCUAUGGAAGAUCUGAGACACGAUCU